AUGGAGCAAAAUUGGACUUCGUACCUUCACUCAAGCACGGAUAGCGUUAUUAAUGUUGUUGAUAAUACAACAAAAGAUUUAGAGCUCCCCUUGGACCGGCUCUCGGUUGGCAAGGGGCUCUUAUAUCAGUAUGAUGGGACUGGGAAUAGUACAUACAAAGAAACCCUUGCUUCACUGCGCAACUCAAUUGAUUUGGAGCCACGGAACUCCCUCGGGGGAUUGUGGUAUUACGUCUACCCAAAUUGGAGCUACCUGGAUGGAAUGUUCUCACUCCUAUCAUUCUACCCCUUGUAUACAUUAAAUUUCAAUAUUGCCGACAUGACUGAGGUCAACAAUGAUAUCUUCCUACAAAUCGAGCUUAUAUGGGAGCACUGCUACGACAACAAGACUGGCCUCCUAUUCCACGGAUAUGAUGCAACCAAAACCGCCUCUUGGGCGAAUCCUACGACAGGCGCUAGUCCAAUCGUCUGGAAUCGUUCUCUAGGAUGGUUUGUCAUGGGAUUGGUAGAUCUUCUAGAGCUACAGCUAAUGGACUCUCGGGUCGCAACAUGGCGUGCAAGGUUCACUGACCUUGCCAACGCUAUAGUCAACGCAGUGGAUGCAGAAUCCGGAUGUUGGUGGCAAGUGAUGUCCUCUCCUGGCCGGGAGGGGAACUAUAUUGAAUCUAGUGGAUCUGCUAUGUUCACAUAUGCUCUUUACAAGGGGGUUCGGCUUGGCCUUUUGCAAGAUGCUAGCCAGAGUUCAGUUUCCUCCCGCUAUUUAAGCCAUACCCAGACAAACUAUACCGGUAUUGCCACUCGUGCAUAUCGUGGACUGGUUAACAGAUUCGUUGUGGAGAAUGCCGAUGGCACUUCGAGCUAUAAUGGGACUGUGGGUGUAUGCAGCUUAAACUCAACUGCUAGCUACGAGUACUAUACUGGACAACCAAUCGUCUUCAAUAGCGUAUUGGGAUCUGCGGCCUUUGUUCGGGCCAGUUUGGAGCAUGAACUGGCGCAUGGAAGUGAUCUCUAA